ACACAUGAAUGAUGCAAUUGAAGACUCACACCAAGCCAAUUAAUAUUCAGUAGUGUAUUGGACGUGAUCAUGACAACAAGUGUCUAUCGAUCAGAAAAAUAAAUUUGGCUAACACAAUUUAUAUACUAUCUAAUUAUUUGAGUAACAAAUAUUUUAUGAUUUAAAUCAGCAGUGUUGUUAACAAUUAUCGUGUAAAUUAUGACAUGCAAAGUAAAUAUUUUGUUUGUUAUAUUGCUGAUAUGUCUAAUACUAUGCAAAGUCAAUGCAUUUGAGUAUAAACUAGAAGUUGAUGAACAACCGUUAGUCAGUGAACGAUUUUCAGCGGAUGAUAUUGGAAAUGGAGAAAGCGUAAAAUCGAGAGAAAUCAUAAAUCGUGUUCAUCAUAAACACGAACAGAAUUUUGGCGAUAUUCAUGUUCAAACCAACAUUCAUAUCGAAAACGUAGUUACCAUUCGCAAUGUUAGUGAUUCCAACUCUUCCGGCACUACCAGUCAACCGAAUUAUAUGAAAAACGUACCAGGCUCGACAAUACAAUCGAAUCCAACUAAAAUGGUUAAUGGACGUCCACAAUUUAGGCGUCUCGAUCGAAACCAAGGAGUUAAUUCGUUUGCAUUCCCAACAUCAUUACCGUCGUCAGAACAAUCACGUCACGUUCGUUGGCCAUCGGAACGAAGCUCGACGAACGGAAUCGAUCCGGUAUCGAUUGGACCCAUUCAGUCGACCGUUUUAUUGUCAAGGUCAGAUCGAAACGAAUCUGCAACAUUGAAUAACGAUACCAAACAGCCACAAUCUGCAUCAAUUGAAAUCCAAUCGAAUAAAGGGAACGAGCCGGCGUUACCAAAUUUAUUAAACAUACAAGUAUUUGUGAACAAUAAAAUGGCCAUUGAAAGUGGAUUGGAACCUUUGGCAUACGUUGAUGACAAAGGUAUUUUUAAAGUGAAAUAUGUAAAAAAAGGUGAAAAUGUAACCACAUCAAAUACCAAUCAACUGCACCAUUUAGAGGGGCACGAUUUAACAUCAAUUAAUAAACCCAACGAGACUGCAAUUAUUUUUAAUGACAAUCAACAAAAUCAUCGCAUAAUAACCGAAUCAAACAAAAAAACUACACCAACAAUCGAUUCCAUUCAAAAUUAUUUGCCUAUAAAUAACUCUGGAUUGAAACGCGCACAACAAAAAGACGCACCAUCAUCUCAACCACAGCAACAAAAUCAGCUUCAUCAGAACAAUAUACACGAGCAGCUAUUAUUUUCUCCUUAAAAUUUCAACCAUGAAUCGUAUAAAAUAUGUGCACGUUCUAGCAUGAAUGACGGUGGACAAACGCCACGACACCGCAUCAACUAAUUGGAAUAUUAUAUUCUGUCUACAUCUUCUUAGAAAAACUUCAUCAGUUGUGCAAUAUCAACAACACACAAACACACAGAGAAAAAAACAA